CUGAGGUCACGGACUCCCCCGUCACGCCUCCUCUGUGCUCCCUCAGCCUGGGCGCGCUCUUCAUCGGCCAUGGAGGCGAGCGAGGUGAAAGUGAUCUGCGAGCAGCCGGCGGCGGCCAGGAGCCCCUUCGCCAGCGUCAAGUUCUUCGUCCUGUGCCACAGUCUGCUGCAGCUGGCCCAGCUGCUGGUGUCGGGGUACAUGAAGAGCUCCAUCUCCACCAUCGAGCGCCGCUUCGGACUCUCCAGCCAGAAGUCGGGGCUGCUGGCCGCCUUCAACGAGGUGGGCAACACGGUCCUCAUCGUCUUCGUCAGCUUCCUGGGGAGUCGGCUCCAUCGGCCGCGCUUCAUCGGCGGCGGCGCUCUGUUGGCGUGCCUGGCCUCGCUGCUGAUGGCGCUGCCGCACUUCUUGAGCGGGCGCUACCAAUAUGGCGACAACAUCAUCGCCGCCGGGAACAACUCCCGCCUCUGCCGGCCGGGGAGCUCGCUGGCCACGCCGGCGCCCAGUCAGAGCUGCGGCGAGCAGGAGCGCCCCGCCGAGGAGGGCUUGUACCCGCUGAUGCUUCUAGCUCAGCUGCUGCUCGGCAUCGCCGCCGUGCCCAUCCAGCCUUUUGGCAUCUCCUACAUCGACGACCACGCCAGCCGGAGGAACUCGCCGCUCUACCUCGGUGUCCUCUUGGCGGUCACGUCCAUUGGCCCCGCCUUCGGUUUCCUCAGCGGCGCCUACCUCUUGCGCUUCUACGUGGACUUUGACACCAUGACUGAAGACCAGAUCCAGUUGGACCGCAGUGACCUGCGCUGGGUGGGUGCCUGGUGGCUCGGCUUCCUGUUGGCCUCGUUCCUCCUCUUCGUCACGGCGCUGCCCUACUUCUUCUUCCCGCGACACAUGCCCCUCGAGGACGAGUCAGAAGCAGACGCCAAGACGCAGAGAGACCCUCUCCAGGAAGUCAGUCUGCUUCACUUCCUUAAAAGUUUCCCCAGGAUCGCUGUGCGCACGCUGCUGACUCCCGUCUACCUGCUGGUGGUCCUGGCCCAGGUCAACCUGGCGGCCAUGGUGGCCGGCCUCCUCACCUUCAUGGCCAAGUUCAUCGAGAAGCAGUUCAGCCAAACCGCCGUCUUCUCCGCCAUGAUCAUCGGCGGAGUUUGCAUCCCGCUGGCCGUGCUGGGGACCGUGGUGGGCGGAGUCCUGAUGCGGCGAUGGAAACUCGGCGUCAGCGCCGCCAGCAAGAUCUGCGCCAUCGCCACCCUCCUCGGCAUCGGCGUCGCCCUUCCUCUGCUCUUCAUUGGCUGCCCGACUCAGCAGGUUUCCGGCGUCUUCCCGCUGCGGAGCGGCGCACUUUCUUGCAACGCGUCAUGUCAGUGCCCUCGCGACGGGUUUGAUCCGGUGUGCGGCUCAGACGGGGUGGAGUUCACGUCUCCGUGUCACGCCGGCUGCGUUGCCGUGGAAACGGACCGCAGCAGCAGCAAAGUCCUCAACUUCACCCAGUGUCAAUGUGUGGGCGGGGCCAGUGGCUGGGCCGUGCCCGGAAGCUGCGGCAGCGGCUGUGGCCACCUCCUCCUCCCCUUCGUGGUUCUGCUCGCCCUCACCGGUCUCGUAAUGUCGCUGUCCCAAACUCCGUCCUUUGUCAUCAUCCUCAGGACGGUGCCAGCCCAGGACAAAUCCUUCGCCGUGGGGGUCCAGUACAUGCUCUUCAGAGUCCUCGCCUUCAUGCCCGGCCCGGUUCUGUACGGCACCAUCAUCGACUACACGUGCAUCCUGUGGGACCGGAAGUGCGGACGGCAGACUUCCUGUCUCUACUACGACUUGGAGCACUUCAGACAAAGGUUCUUUGGUCUCCAGUUGGUCUUCAUGUGCGGGGGUCUGCUCUGCUUCCUCUUGACCGCUGUGGUCCUGCACAGGAGGGCGGGGCUUCGGGUCCCCGAGGCCGCCGACAAAGACGUGUACGAGUUGGUGGACGGACGCAAACAAGCACAAGUCAAAGUCCAGACUUGAGUACAUUAUAAACGGUAUACUUUUUAUAAGGCGGGGGCAGUUCCCCUGACGUCCACCAGAGGGCGCCAACAUGUUACGCUCAGAGCCGUGUACUGCGAGAGUGUGGCCAACCCGGUUUCAAAGGUGGUCUCAAAAUGGUGCCGUGAGGAGCUUUUGACCAAUCAUUGAGGAGCUUUUCCGGCCAUACUUUCUCUGAUUGGUCAAGAUGCCCUCACGUGACGACAAGGGUUAUUUUGUGAUUGAAAUUGAUUGAUUGAAACUUUUAUUAGUAGAUUGCAUAGU